AUGGCCUCCUUCUACGCCAACCCCAAGAUGAUAGCAUCCACCCUAGCUCCAUUCACCCACAACGCCAACCUGUCGGGGCACGUUCUCGAUUUCACAACCCGGCCUAAUUCGAUCGCUAUCGUUCGGACGUCGGAUUUUAACCAUUACAUCCAGCCCCCCAAGUCCAACUCCAAUAACGAGGAAUUGGGAAGAGAAGGGUAUGAAGGGGAACCGAGGGAUGAUUUCGUAUUGACGGGUUUCGUGGUCGUUAAUCUGAGUAAACCGAGGAGGGCGAUGGGGUUGAAAUUACGGUUCGUCGCCGAGGCGAGGUUGGCUUAUCCAGACCGACCGUGGGAGGACGACGUGAUCUACGAGAACACGAUGGAUUUCGAUGGGCAUGAUAAUGAGGGGAUAUUUAUCGAUGCCGGACCGCAACUCUUCGAAUACGCCUUUGUCGUCCCCUCGACCCUCGCCGGGUUCGAUAGGACGCCUUAUGGACGAGUAUCGCACCGCAUCCAAGCGACCCUGGUCGGGCAACCGCAAUCCACCUCGAGGUUCGGGAGCUUCUUUUCUUCGCCCUCGAGAACACGGUCUCCCUCUCCGAGCCAUUCCGCGAAUCUCAAUCUGGGCUUGUUUGGGGAAUCUUCGACGGGAGGGAGGUCUAGGGAAGCUUCGAGGUCUUCAGCGGGAAGACAGAGAGAAGGAUCACGAGCAGGCAGGUCGAGGGAGCCGACCACAAACUCGAGGAUGCCUUCUUACCGCUCAGGGUCGGCGUCUGGUACACGGAGCCCGAGUUAUUCGGGGGACAGGACGCCUACUUCGCCGAUGACGACUUCACCGGCACAGUCGCCCAUGUUCUCGCCCAUGCAGCUGUCGAACGAUUUCAACUCGCUCUCGCUCGGCUCGGGGGCGGCCUCGAGCAACAACAAUAACGGUGGGACGGGAGCUUCAACUCCGACGAGCUCGAUGGACCCGGUAUUGAGUCGACAAGGAUCAGGGUACAGCUACCCUAACUCGUUUGUCGACAAGAAACCCGCGGCUUCUUCCCUGCCCCGAGGGGUCAAGUGGGACGACAUCCCCUGGCUCCAAGGGAACAUGAUCACGUCGAAAGAAAUGUGGAUCAUCCCCCUUCCCACGGAGAACCGGGAAUCCUUGCCUCUGGACGUUCGGAACCGAUCACUCGUCGCCGGGCUCGGGAUAGUGCCUUGGAGCUUGAGGACGGACGCGAUCACCGUCAGCGGGUUGAUCGCCUUUCAAUCGUCGUUGACGGAUUACAACCCGCUGGCGACCGUCUGGUGCAUUCGACUCUCGAUCACCCAACGCAUCGCUCUUACCUCGCCUCGUCGACCUCAGGAUGGGGAGACGUUGUUCCCGGCGACGAGCCUCGUGCUGUUCGAAAGAGGCAAGUUGCCCAAGAGUCAAGACGAGUGGUUUGCCAGUAAAGGACUCCGAGGGCCCGAGCCGUUGUGGGAAGGGGAAGGCGUGCCGGGACCGGCGAGCAAGAAGGAUCGGAGCCAGAUGGCCGUACAAGAGUUGUUGAGGAUGCCGGAUGAGAACCGGUUGAGGCCGUCGACGUGUCCGGGGACAAUCACCCCUAUCAAGGUGACGCACGAGUUUACCUUGCAGUUCUACUUCUCGGUCUGGGGGGAAGACGCGACGGGGAAACCGUUACCCAAAGAUGGGCCAGGUAGGUUACGGAAAGCCAUACUCACCCAGGGGACGAUCAUCUUGUCGUGCUGUUGCACGAAAAAGAACCUGGCGUUGCCGACUUAUGAACAGUCCAACUUGCUCCGCGCCCGUGAUCGCGAACCGCUGCGGGAACUGGAUUGCGACAUUUGCGCGUGUGGAGAACCGCUGAGUGAGCUGUCCGAGCGUGAGAUUGCCAGAGACUUCAUCAACGAGGAUGGCUUGCCUUUUGGUUUACUCGAUGGUGGUGGUGGUGCUGGCGGCGGUGCACGUGGCGACGAUGACGGGACGGCGCUCUUGCGGCAACAACUAUUGCAACAUCAACAACAGGACGGACUGUUAGGCAGAGGCAGGACUGGAAGGAUCAAGUCGGAGUAUACGCCGCCAUGA